UUGUCUUGUCGGAGUUGUCGAAUGUCGGUAAUUGUCAAUUUGUUAGACAGAAAUCGGAUCGUUGCACUUCUACAUAGUGAUAAACUAAAUUAUUUAAAAGUUAAUGAUUUUUUAUGAAUUUAUAAUUAUUAUAUAGUUUGUACUUAUUAAUUUAAAUUAUGUUCUGGAGCGGUAAUUAUAUAGGAGCAAGGGAGUUAAACGUUCUCCUAAAGGAGGGGAACGUCACAUUAACGCAAGUACUAGAGGCGUAUGAUAUCUUGCAAGAAUGCAAAGCAGACAACAAGGCUCUAAUACAAUUUCUCACGAAGCCAGAGAUUCUCGCGGAACUCAUCACUCUGGUCACCGAAGAGCCACCCAAGAAUGUGGAGCUCACAUCUCAGUAUCGACACGCGAACAUCGCCAGCGAGGUGUUGGCGAGUAACCUGUUCACGUUGCGCGACCGCCUGUCCAUGGACGUCAUGCAGAUGAACAGACUCUGUGACUUUGUUAAUAGAGAUCCACCCUUGAAUCCUUUGCUGGCUUCUUACUUCAGCAAAACUAUUGAAAUCUUGCUUCAGAGAAGUCCAAAACAGGAUUGGUAUAUGCAUAACAUUGUGUGUCUGCGGGUUCUGGAUUUCUUUAAAUCAAGACGCGACUUCCUGCCCAACCUGCUGCGGCACAUAUCUACCUCCGCUAUCUGUGACACUUUCAAGUGCUUCUUGAGCCUCACGGACCCCUUUAAUGAGAUUAUCAUGGAGUGGCUGGACGAGUAUCAGUUCCUCGACAGUCUCAUCCACAUAAUCUGCGGCACGUACGACGACGGCCCGCCCGCCGACGGGCGCGAGACGCUCGACUCCAACCACAACGCGGAGAAGGGGGAGGGGGAGCGGGAGCGGGAGCGGGAGCGGGAGCGGGAGCGGGCCCGGGCGCGCGCGCGGGCGGGCGGCGCGGCCAACGCGGCGGCGCUGCUGGUGGACGCGGCGCUGGACGCGGACGGCGGGCCCGGCGCGCGCGCGCUCUGCGCCCGCCUGCGCGCCGACGACGCCGGCCGCCGCCUGCUGCAGGCCGCCUUCACGGCGCCGCCCGCCGCGCGCCGCGCCGCGCUCGUGCACUGCUGCCGCCUGCUGCUGGCGCUGCUGCAGCCCGCCGACGGCGCCGACGCGGAGCUGGAGGCGCUGGAGCGCGCCAUCGCGCCGCACCUGCCGCUGCUGCACAACGCGCUGCUGCGCGCGGCCGACGGCGCGGCGGGCGGCGUGGGCGCCGAGCGCGUGCACGCCGCGGCGCUGCUGGCGCGCCUGGCGCAGUCCGAGGUGGACGACGUGCCCACGGCGCUCAUCACCCUCGGCACGGCGUGCGUGCUAUUAGACAUGCUGUUCGCGUAUCCGCAUAACAACUUCCUGCACGCCCAGGUCUGCGCGCUCAUACGGAACGCGAUGGAGAACAGACGCUUCGGCGACCGCUACACGAAACACUUGAUCGAAGAGUGCGACCUGCCGACGCGGCUGAUGGACGCGUUCGAGCAGAACGAGGACAGGAGGGCGGUGCGCGCGGGCUACAUGGGGCACGUGCUGGGCGCGCUGCGGGCGCUGCGCGCGCGGGCGGCGCCGGGCGCGGCGCUGGGCGCGCGCUGGGCCGCCUUCUGCGAGCGCUCGCUGGGCCCGCUGCUGCUGCGCCUCGACACGCCGCUCGGCGGCGUGUACCCGGCGGAGAACGCGUACGAGGUCGGGUCGGACCAGCCGCGGGAGACGUUGACGGAGGGCUACCAGAUAUACCUGCAGCUCGUGACGGCGACGAAGCAGGCCAAGGCCUUGGUGCGGGCGGACGGCGACGACGACGCGGGCCGCGCGCUGCAGGGUGAGGGCUUCUUAGACUUGGAGAUCGAUGACAAAAACAUGUGGGACGAUGAGCCCGACGACGACGGCGAGGCGCAGCCCUGCGGCGCGUCACCGUGGGACGAGCCCGGCGGGCAGCGGGGCGAGCGGGGCGAGCGGGGCGAGGGCGCAGCCUGCCAGCUCAUCAAGGGGGCGAAAGCGGAAGCGGACACGGAUCAGGAGGCGGAAGCGAGCGCGGACCGCUCGCUGGAGAGUGGGAAGAACUUCUUAGGAAUGGACUUCGAUGACAAAAACAUGUGGGACGACGAGCCCGACGACGACGGCGAGGCGCAGCCCUGCGACGCGUCACCGUGGGGCGGCGCGGCGGGCGGCGCGGCGGGCGGCGCGGCGGAGGGCUGGGCGUCGUUCGACGGCUUCGCGCAGGGCGAGCCCUUCUGGCCCUCCGCAGAGGCGGAGUCCGAGCGGCGCGACGAGCGACAGGGCGAGUCGGAUAUACACGACGACAAGGACACUCUCACCAUCCUGCUGGCGCAGAAGAUGCUGACCGCCUUCCGCAACAUGGCACCCGACGGGGCGCUGCUGCACGGUCAGCCCGACGUGCAGGGGGAACGCUCCGCGCGUGAGGAGCAGAACGCGCACGAAGCGCUCACUACACUCGAAAACCACAUAAAGCCCGAAGCGCACACUGCGCACGACGAGAACAGCGAGCACGACGCGCACACUUCGCACGAAGAGCAGAUUGGGCAGAACACACACGAAACACAAACUACGCACGACGAGCACAACGCGCGGAACGCGAACGAAGAUCAUAUCGUGUGGAAUAUGCAUCAAGUGUGCAUUACACACGAGGCACAGAAAGCACACGAAAUGCAGAACGCGCACGAAGUGCAGAACGCGCACGAAGCGCAGAACGCGCCCGAAGUGCAGAAAACGCAUGAAGCGCAUCCCGCGCACGAGGCGCAUAUCACGCACGAAGCGCACACAGCACACGAGGAGCUCACCGAGCAUGAAGCACACGUCGCUCACGAAGCGGAACAGCCGCGCGACGUGUCGGAGGGCGCGGCCGGCGCGGUGAAGGCGGAGUUGUGAUCGUGCAGCCGCGCGCCCCCCCCGGCGGUGCUCGCUGCUGUGCGAGACCGCCCGUCGUGGGGGAGGGCUACGUCGACUUUAAGCGAUGUUCAUUUAAUUCCGUAACAAAACAAGGCAAAGUGUUUAAUGUACUUUGAAAAAUAUUACAAAUAGUUUAACAUAUUUUUCAUAUUCCGUCACGUGACGUGUCACACUUGUCACGCGACACACACACAAGGCGACGAAGAGAUAGGAGCUUCGACGUAAUGGUCGCCAUCGUAUCACUAUAUACUGUUCCAUAGCAAGAAUGUUACUCUGUCUUAGAUUAACGCUGAGAAUGUUUAUUAUAUAAUUACUUUGACGAUCACGAACGACGCGAGUUAGCUUGAUUGAAUAAUGUGUUAUCGUCGCUUGUUCGUUGAGACACCGGCGCUUAAUGUAAGAGGUCGUUUCAUAACCCUCACCCGAAAAUACUGUAACGAACGCUAGGGAACAUUGUUAUAUCGAAACGGCCCGACUAGACUUCGUGUUCAGAACUGUGCUGUGGAAUUAUUUAUGUUUUACGGUUAAACUACUAAUGUUAAAAACGAAAUGGCACCAACAUGUAGGGGGGUUUCCCUAGAAUUUUUUUAUUUUUAGAUUAGAAAUGUAAAAACUUAAAUUAGCAUAUUAUUUUAUACCGUCGACACCCUCGACCGAGUGUGGAGGAGUUUUCUAUAGUAAUAGACAGUUUGGAGCUUAGCGAGUGUUCGGACGCGGCGUGUACAUAUAGCGCCGCGCGGGACUCGCGGUAGACGAUUGACGCGAAUUGUGGGUAGGACUCUUCAGGAUUCAUUGUUCUAAUCAAUAACUCGAUAAAUAUAUAAUCGCUCCCGUCUAGGAAGAAUCGAUUAUAAUAUUGAGGCUCCGUCGCCCCCUCUACUCUAGUUUGAACGGCGAGUGUGCCGGUGUCAGACAUGUUAGUUUUCGCGGUCGACGACGUAUCGAUGGCGGAGUCCACUCGCCCUCAGGUGACCGGUUUGAUCGUCCGUCUUCCUUUUAUAAAUAUAAAUGAAGUGAAACAGGUCGACAGUACGGAAAGUAAACGUAUUCGACCGUCUCGUCGUCCCGCCGUCGUCCCGCCGUCGUCUGCUGCGCGGCUCGUGCUGUAGUUGUUAAGUAAUAAAUUUUAUUCGAUGUUACUGGCGAGGUGUUCACCCGUCAGCGUCGUUCGUUCGUUUGUUCGUUUGUUCGUUCGCGUUACAUACAACGCGGAGCCUUAUUGCGUACCUAAUGAAAUGUAUUAUUAUAUUAUAUAAGUCGCUAUUUGCAAUGUCUACAAGUAUUAUCUCUCGCCGAGGAACAGGAUUUUGUCUAACGGGUGAACCGCCAUCCACUUUGAAUGUGAUAUCAUUAACAUAUCGCCGUGUCGUCAGCGUUGUCGCGGGUCUCACUUGUUAAAUAUUGAAGCAGCUUCCACUUUGUAUUAGACUCGUCGAAUGGAUUUAUAUUAAUUAAUUAACCGAAACGUCAUGCGUUCCAAUGAAAUGCGCGUUAUAUAAAUACUAUGAUAUAUUAUACCAUAUCUCGGCCGGUAAGUGUAAACGUAAUGAAAUCGUGUACAAAGAAAUUUUAUAUUAAAUUUAAUAAUUCUUUCUACGAGUUACUUAAUAAGAUUAAUAUCAGCAACGACGCACGUCGGCUUGGUCGCGACUCGAUCGCUCGACUGUCGCUUAACGUGUAAAGCGCGCGUGUAAAAGUUGUGUAUUAUAUUCUGCAGCGUGUGUCAUUACAAUAUUCAUAUUCUCUCCAUAUUUAAUAUAAUUUGUAAGUAAUUCAUAAACACUAUUAUGAUACAUACAACCUUUGGAAUCAACGGUGUUUCGAUUUUCUUGCGUAUCGUCUCGCUAAUCACAUGAUGACAUCAUCGGUCCUAUGAUCACUGGGUUAGAUAUGAAAACUAAAGUUAUCGUUUAUUUGUAACCUAACCAUGGGCAAAUAUUUUACUAUUAUUAUUCUUUGUUCUUUACACGUCGUUGAAGUUCUCCGAUAAAGUGUCGGUUUCGUCCAGAGACCGGACGUUGUGCGUUCAAAUCGUUAAAAUGUUUUUAUCGUUAGUCUCGUCUCGCAGUCGCAGCAUGUCGUGCUAUCGACGUCGCCCUGGCGCAGCUUCGUACAGUGUUGUUGUAUAUUUGAGUUUCGGGGCCACGGGUUCCGUUCCCGGUCGCGCGCCUCAGAGGUGCUCGACGUGACGUGACAUGACGUCACGUGACGUGUCGUGCGCGCGCCGGGUCUAUUAUUUGGCAAUAAAUUAGAUAUUUUGCAUCGAAAGUUUAGAACACGAUCGAACCGAUUGUACACAACCGCGCGGCGAGCUAUUAGAUUAGCAGGGUCGUCGUAGCGCUGCGGUCGGUCGGUCGGUCGGUCGCGACGUGUUUAGUGCAAUUAGUUGCCUUCGGAUCUUGUUGUCAUGUUUUAUAUAUAUACCUUAUUGCGUAAGAGUAGGUUUAGACGAUUGUUGAUUUGGCGCAACUCAUGUCUCUCGCUCGUUGUAAGUACUGUCUCCCGCCGCCCCCGUCGCGGUGGGUCGCGGUGGGUCGCGGCGGGCUGCGGCACCGCUCCGUGGUGCCGACGUGAUCUAUCGACCUCCUAGGCUCCGUCCGGCGACAGGAAUGCGACCAGACGGAGUUCGUUUUUGCAAAGAACUUUUGAAUAUACCCAUUUCCAUAGUAAAUUAUAUGCAAGUUUUGUAUCGAUCGAGUGUGAUAGUACUAUGUGAUCGUUUGUAUUCGGUCCGGUAAGUUCGUUCCGAGAAUCUCGCAGCGAUUUUUUACGAUGUACGCGUUUUUGUGAUAUACUGUAAUGUAGGCCCACACCUCGCCCUCUCCGACCGCGCCGUCCGCCUCUACUUCAGAUCUACUUCGAACUUUACCAUUCCGCUACUAUUUAUUACGUCUUUCUGUAAAAUUGUAUAUGCGUGAAAUUGAAAGAGCCUUGUACACACGUGGUGAUUCGAGAAUGAAUAUCGGCAUUCGAGUUUAUUGUAAAGUGUUAUAAUAUAUUAAAUCCGAAUGAGAUCGUUAACGACCAGUUAUUUAGGUCGUCUGUCUUCCCACUCGACACUUUAAAGCAGCGAAACUCAACCUUAUCUCUACAGGGGUCACGAACACGUGUUAGUCAUGGCAUCGCGGGCCGCAAACAAAGUAUUUGGGUAAUGAUUUCGUAGGUUCGGGAUUGUUACAACUAAUAUUAAUAAAAACCUUUCAAAUUUAUAUUUGUUUAAAACGAAGUAACAUCAAGUGGGCCGACCACUGAAGUCCGGCGGGCCGCAGGUUGAGUACCGCUGCUUUAAACAAAUAAAACGUUCAGAUAUUUUUAAGUUAAUGUGUAAAUCGCUAACCUUCUUCAUGUUGCAAAAUUAAAUAUUAUUGUAAUGUUGAAAUCUGCAGCUAAAUAGCAUUGUGUGUCAAUAUUGCUCGUUACAUGUAGAAAUAUAAUUCGAUAGGUUUGAAGUCAUCGACAGGGAAUUUGUUAAAAUCACGACGAAACUAAUGACAUGUGCACGCGGCUUAGUGCUACUCCCGUCGUGACAAUUUAAAAUUAAAUGAAUUGCCGGUGUCAAUGUUACGUUGAGUUAGCGCGUGCAGUGUGUGUACAAGGAGAGGGCGCGCAUCCGUCUGCUAACGAGAAAUGUGCCUUCCGGGCGCCGGGGCCACGGCCUCCCCCCUCCCCGCCCCGCCCGCAGCCCGAACGCCCGAGACAUAAUAAAUGCCCGUAAUGUAUUCUAUUGUAUUUAUUAUAUCAUAGUUAAAAGUUUUAUUAAAAAAAGUUGCUCAAUA